GUGGGUGUGAGGGUUGUUAGGUCACAGGAGUACAAGAAUACCGAUCAAUUUCCUUCUCCGUUGGAGGAGGCUGCGACAAUGAUGAUGAUUCGCACCAAUUCUCUUCUUCAUCACGCUUUCUUCAAACUAACAGGUAUCAAAAAGUUUCCAGCUUGGAUGACGCCUUUAACCUGUUCGAUGAAAUGAUCCAGAGAAAACCCCUCCCAUCUGUUAUCAAGUUUAAUCAGCUGUUGAGUGCUCUUACCAAAUUGAACCAUUUUUCUUGCUCUCUUGACCUUUUCAAACAAAUGUGUGCCAUUGGAGUUCCUGUUGACAAAUACUCUAUGAGUAUUGCCAUCAAGUGUUGUUGUCAGAUGUCUCGCACAAAUGACGGUUUUGCACUCUUAGCUUCUUGCUUCAGACGAGCUGUUGUACCAGACGUGUUUGUAUUUAAUACACUCUUAGAUGGACUCGUCAUAGAAAAUAGGAUUGCUGAGGCAGAGAGACUCUUCAAGAAGCUCAUUAAGCAGAAAAUUUGUGAACCUAAUGUUGUUACAUAUUCCACAAUGAUUAAAGGGCUUUGCAAGUUUGGUAAUAAUGAUAUUGCCAUUGGUUUGCUUAGGCUCAUGGAUGAAAGAGGCUGUAAGCUUAAUGUUGUUGCAUAUAAUAUCAUCAUUGAUAGUCUUUGCAAGGACAAAAUGAUAGAGGAUGCUUUCAAGCUUUUCAAUGAAAUGGUAUUUGCCAAAGGCAUUCAACCAGAUGUCAUCACAUACACCUCUCUGAUUUAUGGCCUUUGUAACUUAUGUCGUUGGGACGAGGUCUCUAAGCUGCUAAAAGAAAUGGAGGAGGAUCUAAGGAUCUCUCCUGAUGUUAAAACCUUUAGCAUAUUAGCUGAUGCAUUUUGCAAGGAAGGUAGGGUGGAUGAAGCGGAGGCUGUUAUAGACAUCAUGGUUGAGAGAGGUGAGGUUCCUAACAUAGUGACAUACAGUUCACUUGUAGAUGGUUACUGUCUGCGAGGUGAGAUGACCAAGGCAAGGACACUUUUUGAUUCACUUACUUCUAAAGGUCUAGUCCCUACUGUUAUUACUUAUAACAGUUUAUUGAAUGGGUAUUGCAAGAGUUUGAAGAUAGAAGAGGCCAUGCAUAUGUUUCAUGAGAUAACAAGAAAAGGUUUGAAACCUGAUAUAGUCAGUUACAGCACCAUGUUACAGGGAUUGUUUCGGGUCGGACGAUGUGGAGCUGCACGCAAACUCUUUGAUGAGAUGCGAUCACAAGGCCUAAUUCCAGAUGAAUACACAUAUGGAGUAAUAUUAGAUGGUCUUUGCAACAACCGUCAAGUUGAAGAGGCGCUCUCUUUGUUCCAUUUGGUGGGUGAUAGCAAGCUAAAUUCAGAUAUUGUUGUGUACACAAUACUUAUUGAAGGGGCAGGAAAAUGUGGGAAGCUUGAUAUUGCGAAGACUCUUUUCCAUGACCUUACUGUAAAAGGCUUGCAACCUGAUGUUCGCACAUAUGCUGUGAUGAUUAGUGGCUUGUGUGGGAAAGGUCUAGUAGAGGAAGCAAAACAAUUGUUUCUGAAAAUGGAUGAGAGCGGCUGCCCACCAAAUAAUGCUACUUACAAUGUGCUUCUCCAAGGGUAUCUUAAGAAGAAAAAAUACGAUGAUGUAGAGAAGCUUCUACAGGAAAUGGAUGGGAGAAGUUACUCGCUUGAUGCUUCAGCUUCAGCGUUGUUAAUCGAUCGAAUCGCAGCUGGUUCGCUAUAUAGAAGUUUACUCAAGUUGAUUAGUAGGCUUAUGCCAAAAGAGUUGAUGGAGACUCCUUCCUAGAUAACAGCCCAGGAGUAUAAAUGUAGAAUGAAUCUGAAUGGUGUGUGUGGGUUAUGAUUCAUUUGUGGGAUGAGAAAUGAAGAUUGUAUCUAUGAAAUGUAGGAAGUAUGAAAUAUGUACCAAAUUUUCUUUUGAAUUAUAAUUAAGAAAAUUGCACGCCUGCACCAGUUGAAAGAAAUAUAAAAAGAUUCCUUUUUUUUUAUAAGAAACAAGUGAAGAAACCAA